CAGAGAAGAAUUAAAGAAUUUCAGAGUUUCCUGGUGGCUCAGCGGGUUAAGGAUCUGGUGUUGUCACUGCUAUGGGGUGGUUCGAUCCCAGAACUAACCCUUCGCCGCCAACGCACCCCACCCCUCCAAAAAAUAAGUUGAUUUCAUAGUUAUGUUCUGUGUACCUGCAUAGAGUGGUGUAUGGUCUGAGGAAAAAAUAGAGCAGGGGCGUGGGGGGGAGACAUUUGAUAGAAAUGCCACUGGAACACAUUGAGGGGUGAAAUUGAGUAAAGCUAUGGAGGAGGCAAGGGAAUGAACCAUGUGGCUGUCUGGAGGAAGAGUAUUUUCACCGAGUGGAAAAGCUGGGAGGGAAAGAGCUAGGAGGCCUGUGUGGUAGAAGAGACUGAGCAGAGGAGAGUGGUAGGACAGGAGGUCAGAGGGAUGGGAGGAAGCAAUGAUACAGAUCAGGUUGGACCUUAGAUGUAAAGACUUUGGCUUUACUCAAGGCUUCAAGCCUUGAGGAAAGGGGCUUAUUAAGGUUUUAAUAGGGUCACCCGGUUAGAUUAGGGAGGGAAGCAGGGACAUCUACUGCUAAUAGAUAAGGUAAUGAGCAUCCUUGCAGCCAUCAAAAAGGCCGGCUUCAGAGAUGAUGAUAAUGACAGCCACUUAGAAGUGUUCACAUUUUCCCAGUGAGCCUGGUGAAUGAAUACUGGGCUGUAGGGAGGGCUUCCCAGGCAUCAUCUCCUUUAGUUUCAGGACAACCUGCAGAGGGCGGUGCUGUCACUCUGAGACCCAGGCCUGUCAGAGCCCUCUUGACUCUUAAUGUUGGUGUGAUCAGUACUGGAAAAGAUGCCAGCCCCAGCUGCCACAUAUGAAAGAAUAGUUUACAAAAAUCCCUCUGAGCACCACUACAUGAAAGUCCGGCUAGAAUUUCAAGAUCGUGGGGUUGGACUGAAUGCUGCACAGUUCAAACAGCUGCUUAUUUCAGCCCUGAAGGACCUGUUUGGGGAGGUUGAUGCUGCCUUACCCUUGGACAUUCUGACCUACGAAGAGAAGAGCUUGUCAGCCAUCUUGAGAAUAUGUAGCAGUGGUCUUGUCAAAUUGUGGAGCUCUUUGACUCUGUUGGGAUCCUAUAAAGGCAAGAAAUGUGCUUUCAGAGUGAUUCAGGUUUCUCCAUUUCUCCUUGCAUUAUCUGGUAAUAGUAGGGAACUAGUAUUGGAUUGAAUAGUCUUCAAUUUCAGAACUCUUCCUCGCUUUCAAAAGAGAUUUUUGUUGCCAGCAUAAUAUUUGAAGACUGAAGCAGCCUAAAAGCUCCUGGUUGUUGGAAUCUGAGGAUGCUGAAGAUGCUCCCAGUCAUUUCCAGCCAUUGCCUUUGGUGGGGUAGGCUUCAGAGAGGAAUCUGCCUGAAUUGGUUGGCACUGAACAGGAUGCACUCACAGCACAUGCACAUCAGAGUGGGAGACCGGGCUGAACUCAGCAGGGCCUUCACACAGAGGGACGUGGCUGCCUUCUCAGAAUUAACAGGGGAUGUCAAUCCUUUGCAUUUAGAUGAAGAUUUUGCAAAACACACCAGAUUUGGAAAGACAAUUGUACAUGGAGUUUUGAUCAAUGGACUUAUUUCAGCUCUUUUGGGUACUAAAAUGCCAGGGCCAGGCUGUAUAUUUCUUUCCCAGGAAAUUAACUUUCCAGCCCCUUUAUAUGUUGGGGAAGUUGUUUUAGCUUCUGCAGAAGUGAAAAAGCUUAAGCGGUU